AUGCCAAACCUUCUUUUGCCUAUUUGCAUGAAAACAUAGUUGACUAACUACCAUAGAGUUACUCAUUAUCUUUCAAUCCCAGAAGAAAGAAGAUUAGUUACUGGAGGCUUAAAUGGUGAUAUUAUUAUUUGGAGAAUACAUAGUCAUGAAGGAUUAGCAGAUGAGUAAUCAAAUAAUAGCGCUUCUUCGCCAUUAGUGAAAGAACAUCCAUCAUAUUUAGAGCCUAUAAGGUAUUUAACUCCUUGUCUUUCAUAGACUGUCGGAUAAGUUACAUGUUUGCAGUUAAUAAAGAAUCCCAUAAAUCACGAAAUUGAUAAUUCUCAUUACUGCAUUUUAAGUAUUCAUCAAGACAACAGAGUUAGAAUUUGGGAUUUGAGAGAUGGUAGAUGUAUUAAUAUUUCUUCACAUGCAACUUUUAAAAGCUCUAAUAUAAACUUAUGUGUUCCAAUAACUCCUAGUUCAAAUAGGUUUUUUGCAGUAGCAGGAAAUGGUAAGGGAGUUGAAAUACUUGAUGUAUGGAAAUUAAAAAGCGUAGCUUGCUUUAGCAUUGAUGAAAAAAGUACCAUGGUUAGAGAUAUAUAAGUUGUUUAUGAAAAAAGCGAGAUGUAUGUAGUAGACGAUUAGAAUAUAUUGUAUUGCCUAAAGAUUUCUGAGUACCAGUAGAACGAGUAUAGUGUUUACAGUAAGUAUGUAAGAAAUUAAAUAGAGUAUGAGAAAUAAAUUAAAAAUGCUAAGUGUAAGCUUAUAAAUAAAGUGAAAAUAACAAGCUCUAAGUAAUAACUUGUUAAAAUGCUCAUUAUGUAGAAUAUACCCUUCAUACUAUUUAUAUAUCCUAAAAAAGUGUUAUUUUAAAAAGCUGAUGAACUUUAUAGGCUAAUUCAUGAACUUCCAUAGGAAGAGAAAAAACCAGAACAGACAUAACCAUAACCAUUUUCAAUAUCUAACUAAAGUAAUCUAAAAAUGCACUUCUAAAAAACUGAUGACAUUAUUUUUGGUGCUUCUAGAAAAAAAGCAGCACCUACUUAUCAAAGACUUAAACAAAAAAUUAGUUAUAAGAUAGAUUUGCCAAAAUAAGUUAAAGAUAAUCCAGAAUUAGAAAAAAAUUAUAUUUAUAAUGGCGCAGAGUAUAUAUAUUACCAUGAGCAACAAUAUAUUUUGUUAUCCUUGAAGGAUGGCACAUGUUAAUUAAUAGGAUUAAAGGACAUAGAAAUGCUAUCAGAAUUUAAUGUAGUUUCAAUAGACAAAGAUUAUUCUUUUGAUUAUGCAUCAUUCAGUUAUUCUAAAAAUGAAAACUCUUUAAAAGGAAAGCUAAGCAUGCAACUUGUUGAAAUUUUGAAGGGAAUUUAAAUUGACCAAGAUUAUAAAGACAAUUAAUUAAAGUUUGAUGUUAUUGGAUUUGAGCCUUAUCACAGCCUUUUAUUUUAAUUUGAAUAACAGAAGUCACAAAUGGCUACUUACUCAUUUUUAAAGCACUUUGAUAUUAUCAAGAACUCAAUUUAUUAAUUAAAAUAUAUUAAUUUUGCUUCAGAACCUCUUUAAGAAGAAAGUGAUAAAAAUAAUAUGAUUUGCCAAUCAGAUAUUAGAAUAGUAUUCAAUGAAAAUAGUCUUUAAGAUAGUAUAUACAAAAAGAUAGAUUUUACUUAGUUUUUGUUUACUCAACCAGAGCAAAAGCAAAUAAUUUCUUUAUUUAACAGCGAAAAUCGUCUUGUAGACAAAGACAGAAUCUUUAAUCAAUUCUUCUAUUUAAAGUAUGGAUAAUAUCUUGAAGAAAAAUAUGGAGAUGAAAAAAUUACAAUUAGUUCUAUGGAUUUUUUAGAUGAUAAAAACCCCUUUUAUUUCUUCGGAACUGAGAGUGGUAAAGUUGUAGGUAUUCCUUUACUUUAUUCAGACGAUAAAGAGAUGUUUGAUAUGCUGUAUUAUAAUUUCGACUACAAAAGCCCAAUCACUUUCUUAGAGUAUAAGAAAGGUUAUUUAAUCAUUUCUAGUGCUUCUGGUAGAUCUGCAGUUCUUCAACUAUAAUCUUCGGAGGAGUAGAUUAUUAAACCUGAUAUCAACUUUAAAGGGAAAUUAAAUAUAAUAGAUCUAUCUGCUCUUCCUAAGUUCAGUGAAGUAUUUUCAGCUCCAAUAAAGCAUAUCAUGAAACCUAAAAUUGUCAAUAGUAUAUUAAAAGAUCCUGCUAAUUAAGAAGUUAUCAAAGAUUCUCAAAAAUAUCUUAAAAAUACUCUCUGCUUUAUUUUAACAAAUAAUUCAGUUAUCAUUUACAACACAAAGCUAAAAUAAAUUGAUUUUAAGCUUAAUUCUAAUAAAAGUUCUAUUUAUGGAUUAUACUUUAAUCCCAUAUCUGAUUAUUUCAUCAUUCUUACAAGCGAAGGGCAAGUGAAUUUCUGGUCUAUGGGCAGCUAAAGAUUUGAAAAAACUGGAACAUUUAUCAACUAUUCAAGCUUAUUUGAUGUUGAAGGACUAAUUUAAGAUAAUUUUUAAACUCAAAGAGGUCUAAAUAAAUACUCAACAUAUAAAAAGAUACAUGAAGAAACGAUUUCUAAAGUACAUUCAGUUUUAGAGUUUAACUAAAGGCACUAUGACGACACAAUAAAUUUCAAUGAUGAAUCAUCCAACAAAUCAAGAACCACACUAUUGAUUUAUGAAUAGCUUGGAGAACUUAGAGAUUAAAAGCAUUCACCAGAAGAGUAACUCAGCUUACUAUGGAUGAUUUAAUAAUUAAAAGGUAUGAUCUAUCAAAGUAGAAAUAGCAAAAAUGGGAUGAGUAUCCUUAAAUUAAAACUUAAUAGGCUGAAAUAGCAAACUUACUCAAAUUAAGCUUAUAUUUUAUUCGUAGAUGUAAAAAAGCACAAUCAACAAAUAGUAGAUAUAUUUGAAACAGCUCAUGAUCCGGAAGCACACCAAAUAUUUUCAUACAUUCCAUUCGUUUAUCCAUGGGGAAACAAAGCAGAUCUCAACAUGGCUAAAUAUAUCAAUCAUAAAAAGCCUGUAUUUAAUUACAUAAUUGGAUCACCUGGUAUGGGUUAAUGCUUCUCUUUUUCAUUAGAGAAGGAUUCCUAAUAUUCAACUUCAAGCUAUUUGUCUUCUAUUUAGGCAUUAAGUAUUAUUUUGCAUUUAAUGAUUUUAGGUGUAUUCAAAAAUAGUGAAGAAACAUACAAAAGCAUGUUAGAAGUUGCAAAUUUGUUUACAAAAAAUAAAAAGAGAGUUCACCCUCAUUUUAAAAGCUUAAGUUUGUAAAUUUUGUCUAGGUUUUGCAUAGAUGAUUCGAAUGAGGUUAUGAGCUCUUCUUCAAAUUUAAUGAUCAACUCAUUAGUCUAUAAGGAUGAAGAUAGCUUACAAUAUACUAAAUUGUGUUCAGAAUUAUUCAAUUAUAACCUACAGUAUUUGAAAGAAAAAGAUGAAAUACAAUUCUCAGUUUCUGAAAUAACUUGGUUGCUGAUGAUCACAUACACUAACAUUUUCUCAAACAGUUAAGUUGGAGAUAUGACUGAGUGCAUCAAGAGAAUAGUUAAAGGUGUUGAAUUAACUAAUUGUUUAAAAAAUCCCAAUUUAGUGGCUCCAUGUAUGAAGAUUCUAACUGAAGGAAUUAACUUAUGGAAAGACUUUAUAGAUAAUUAUAGAGAUCUAGUUUCUAACUUAAUCUUUAUUUACUUCCAUUACAACACUUCCAAUGAAUACUUAAGAAAUUUGAAGGAUAUACCCAGAACUCAACUUAAAAAAGCAAUAUACCUAGAUUAAUUUUUAAAAUAACCAUAAAAUAUAAGAAAGAGGAUGAAAUUAAUGACAAUAAAGACAAUUAUUUCUUUGGUAAAUGUAUGCUAAAAUGAAUUUUUGCAAAUAGUCAGCCGUGAAAUAGAAAAUAAAGACAGACAUCCUUUAUACCCAUGCUCAAUAAUAGAUAUAAUUAGAAAUUAUAUAAAAGUUUAAUCAGAAAGUGCUAGAAAUAAACUUCCAAUUUUUAUUGAAAUAAUAUUAAAGUCUUUGGAUCCUAAUAAUCCAGAGUAUAGAAGAAUUUGCCAUUAACCUGCAACAAAUGCUUUAUAAGCCAUCUUUAAAAUUUAUCCAAGCAUAUCUUUCCAUCAGUAGUCUCAAAAAUUCGCUGUAGGAACAAACUAAAAUCAAAUAUUUAUUUAUGACCUGAGAACUGCAGUUAAAUGGAGAGUACUUGCUGGUCAUGUAGGUGAGGUUAAAAGUGUUAGUUUUGAUAACAGUGGAAAGCACAUAGCUUCCUUUAGUUCUGAAGAUUUCAUUCUGAGAAUAUGGAAAGUUGGAUCAACAGGAUUCUUUAGUUCUAUAUUAAAUAUGAAUGGCACUCCUUCCAAAAAUAUACAAAUACCAAGAUAAGAGUACGAAGCCUUACUUAAAAAAGGUAGUAGAGUUAAUAUAAGUUGGGACUAAAGUGAUAGAAGACUAACUAUAAAUUUUGGAAACGAAAGCUACCCUGUAAAUAUUUCAUGA